CAAAAAUAUAAUUUAAUUGUUUAAUAAAGAUUAAAAAAAAAAAGAAAUAGUAAGAGAAUGAAUACUCGGGAGAGCAAGAAUCAUUAAUAACCAAACCAGUUACAACAAUGGCAAUGCACAAUUUGAAAUUGAUAAUAUAUACCACAAAACAUUCCCUCCUUCACAAAACCCCAAUGGAAAAUCUCUUUCAUUUUAAUUUUCCUUCUUACAAGACUACGGUCAACAGAUGGUAUUAGCAAUAUCUUAGGUUACAGUGUUUAGAUUUCCGUCAUUAAUCACAUACCUAUGAUUUCCCCAGCAAAAAGGGAAAAAAAUCGAGAAUCCACGGAUUUGAAAUCCAGGAAUUAUCAAGAAUUCAUCAAAUGGGGCAAAAUCCGGGUGGUGGUUCAAUAGGGUUUGUCCAUGGAUUACAUUUUGCAAAAGAUCCAGCUUUUACUCCACCCUUUAUUACAUCAUCAUCAGCAUUAGCUGUAUCCGAGGUUGCUUUUGUUCUGUUGUAUUUAUUUGAAAUCGAACUGCAUUUUUUUCUCUACAAAAUUCUUGCAAAAAACUCUUGCUUUUUUUUCAAAUUUUAUUAUCUGCGCCACCUUACAUUCUUGAAAAGAAAAAAUGGGUGCUUCUGCUAAUGCUGAUGUUGUGUUGAGAGAGAUUGAAGAUGAGUUGAUUGUUGCCGGGACGAAUCUUCUCAAGCUUCGCUUUUCUUCUUCCUGCGAUGAAGUUAUCGCCCGCCUUCUGAGGGCAGAGGCAAUUCUAAAGAGGGUAGGUCAAGUUAAAGGCUCUCCAAUGCUGAUGAAGAAAGCCCUCUUUCCAAUAAUGACAGCCCUCAUCAAAGACAAACUCCUGAAGCAUCGAGACGAAAAUGUACAAGUUAUAGUUGCUUCUUGCCUUAACCAGGCUACCAGAAUAACCGCUCCACAACAACCUUACAUGGAUGAUCAGAUGAGGGAUAUGUUCGGGUUGUUCAUGGUUGUGCUAAGGGGGCAGUUGUCACGUUUGACCGGUGACAACUAUGAUAGAGCUGUGAAGAUUCUUCAUUUUAUGGGACUAGGGAGAACGGUCUUGAUAAUGAUGGACUUGGAUAUCGAUCAAAUGAUCGUCGACAUGUUCCAAUUUUUCUUCGACACAAUUAGUCCAAACUACCCUCCUGUUAUCUUCCAAUACAUGGAAGAUGUCAUGACUUUGGUUAUAGAAGAGAGCGACGAGGUUUCUCUCGAACUUCUGACGCCUCUAUUAGACAGUGUCAGAAUGGAUAACAAGAAUGUUUCACCUGUGUCGUGGGAGUUGGGAAAAGCUGUUUUUGAAAAAUGUUCGACGAAACUACAACCGUAUUUAAAAGAAGCUGUGAAGAAAAUGAACCUAGAAGUUAGCGACUAUGCUGAAAUAGUCGUUUCUUUAUGCACCACCGAGAACAUGUUGGAAGAAAAAACAGCUUCAGCUCCUUCCGAGGCUGAGCAAGCGGGCCCCACUUCGCAAGUGAAUGACGGAGAGGUUGUGCAGUUAGAGAUGGAUAUAGGAGUUCAUCAACAUAGAAGGGGAAGAAAACCGAACUCUCUGAUGAGGCCCGAAGAAGGGUACGAACAUAUUUGGAGAAUUGGAGACGAGAAUUCCUCUAAAGUUUCUCGUGAUUCUGCCGAGGAACCAAAUACGGGCAAAAGGGGUCGGUCUAAGGUGGUAAAGGAGAGGGGCUCGAAAAGCUUCAAGAAAACUACAGGAUUGAGCACUGUAGAAAUCGGGAACAAAAUUAAUUCCCAGAAUCACGAGUCGAGGGAUGAUGUUGCGGACGAGAUGAACAGAGGGUCCAAUGCUGAGUAUGGGGACGAAAUCGUAAAUGCGAGGGUAAAGGUUUGGUGGCCCAUGGACAAAGCGUGAGUACUUUGAAUCACCUCUUUGCAAUAAUUUGUUUCGUCGUCACAUUUUUAUUAGUUAAUUCAAUCAUUUUUCUUGUUUUUUCAUCAAAUGAAUCAAUCUAAGCUGAGUUGGAUUAACCUAAGCUGAGUUGUAUACGACAGGUUUUAUACCGGUACCGUUGAAGCUUUUGAUCCUCUGUCGAAGAAGCACAAGGUGAAAAUUGUUUUCUCGUUUUUCGUUCUACUUGAUACAUCUUGACUUAUUAAGCAUAAGGUGAGAUAAUGUUCUUAUUGGCUUUAUUAUAUUGCAGAUUGUAUAUGACGACGACAAGGAAGAAUAUUGGACCUUAGUCUAGAGAGAUGGGCAUUUUUCAAGGAGAGGGGGCCGCAUCAAGUGAGAUUUCUUCGUUAAAAUAUUUAUUGUGACAAUAUUUCUCCUUUCUCACGUUUUCUCGUCUCACAUUUCCGUGCAUAUAUGACAAUGUAGAUAUAAUCCUCGGAAAAUCAAGAAGCUGGCGCUCCAUGUGCCGAAGAGCGUGCCAAGUAAGUUUUAGUCAAAAUCAACAAUGUCGACUUUUUUCAUACAAAGUUGA